AGAAAACAUGCGGAAAAUAAUGAUGGGGGAGAUGGAAGAGGAGUUGAAAAGUAUCUAAGUGAGGAACUUGAUGAACCUAUGAAAAAAACCGAAAAUAUUGUCCUCGCCGAAAAUAAAAAAGCUAAAAUAGCCGAAGUUAGACAAUUGGAAGAAAACCAGGAAUUAGAGAAAGUUAAACAUGACCCAUUACCGAAAACCACUAUUCCGGAAAAUUUUGAAUUAAACUGGGUCAAUAAGAAUACCUAUUUUGUCCUUUCUCCGACCCAGCUGGAAAAAAUAAAAAAGACUGCCGAGCAGAAGUUAAACCUUGAAUCGAAUCCCGGUAUGGAACAGUUAAAUCCUUUAACUGGUCUAAUUGAACAAGAAACCGCCGCUGAUAAAGUUGGUAUUCCUUUGGCUCCUGAGCCUAUGUUUUAUGCCAAAUAUCUGUUAGAAAAGUUGGGACCCAAAAUAGCCAUUAUGGUUAAAGGGGCUGAAUAUAGCAAAGAAUUAGAUUUAUUAUUACCGCAGCUGGAAAGUUUAGGCGGAAAAGGUCGAAUUAUAAUUCUUUCUGAAACUGCUCUUACUGAGGUGAUCGACUUUGCUCCCACUGGUUUAUUUUGGCGUUGUCAUGCCGCUUUGAUCGAACAUUCCAAACUAGUGCUGGAACUGGCGAAAUUAGGUCUACCACAAAUAUCAUCCUUUGAAUCUUUGUUUAUUGCCGGGGAUAAAUCAUUUUUGGCUAUUUUGAAAGAAAGGGAUACCACCGGCACGAUUCCUAAAACUUAUGUUCUAUCAAAAAAUAACUUGGCUCAAAACCUUAGUUGGUUAGAAAAGGAUCAGACGGUGCUAAAACCGGGCGAUUUAGCCCGGGGUGAAGGAAUUUUGUUUGGUAAAAAUUUUACUAAUGAGGAGUGGGAAAAGAAAAUAAGGAAGGCCAUGAGUUCGAAUGAAGAAUGGAUACUACAAAAAUUGUGCUACUUGUCAAAAACUAAAGAUGGCAAGUAUCAAGACAUUGUUGUUUUUCUAGCCGAUGGUGUGGUGCGAGGGAUCUCCUCCCGGGUUUCUGAUCACGAAAUAGUAAAUAUAGCCCAAGGAGGGAAUCGUCAAGCCGUGGUUUUGGAUUUUGAAAAUUACAACAAACUUAAAGACUUGGUAGAAAAGAGAAAAAUCAGCCGUUUUAUCAAUGAAUUAAUUGAGGAGAAACUCCAAGCAACAGAAAAAAAAGAAAAAGAACAGUUAAGGCGACAGUUAAUUAAAGGUUAUCAGGCUGUCGCCAAAAGUCAAAAAAGAAAAGCCGAGGACGAAAUUUGA